AUGGAUUGCCUCAAUUUCCAAGACCAGUGCAAUGCACUGCGACAAGAACUCAAGGCCUGGGAAAAAGACUUCGCCUUACAGCAUGAUGGCCGCAAGGCAGGAAGAGACGACAUCAAGGCCAACGCCGCCAUUUCACAGAAAUACAAAGAAUACAACAAACUUCGCGAAGUAAUGUCCGGCAAGACUGCUCCUCAGACACCGUCCAAGCGCUGCGCGAGCCGGAAACCUACCCAAGUCGCCGAACAAUGCAUCAAGAGCCAACCUAGAAGCCUCACAACAACACCACAAAAGCGAAAGCGAGACUCUGGAGUUGAUCUCACAGAAGAGAACAUUGAUCCCUCGGAACUCCUUUCUCCGCAAGGUCCUACAUUAAUUGGUCCUACUCCACAACGCGAUGGAAUCGUCCUGGGUUUGUUCGAUCUCUUGCCUUCGGAAACACCUAGCAAGAGGCGGGCGGUAUUAUCAGAUGUUUCCCUGAACGUCCUUCAGACUCCGAGCAGGAAACACAACAAGGCCGAGAGCGAGGCAUCGGUAGAGCUACGAGCCCGGGGGGAGAAGACACCGCAAUCUGUUGGAAAGCGAUUCAUGCUGGACAAGUUCGUCACGCCACAGAAGAGGAGAUUCGGAGACGAGGGCACGCCCACAUCGGCAUUGAAAGGAUUAUCUACACCUGCUUUCCUGCGCCGGGACAACGUCUUGAGUGUUGUCGAUGAGGAGGAUGUCCAGGCGACACCCAGGGCAGCACCGUGGAAGCGAAGGGGCUUUGGCAGAAGUUUGAGCAGCAUGAUUCAGUCUAUGAAGAAACAAGAGGAGGACAGGCUCGACGAAGAAGCAGAGAUCAUGGCGGAGUUGGAAAUGGAGGAAAUGGGCAUAUCUUUACCCAAGAAAGCGAAAACCAAAGCCAUCCUCGUGCAGGAUAGCCAGCCUGCUGUUGUUUUGGACCAAGACGGUUUUGUGCCUUCAGAAGAUGAACAGGAUGAGCAGGAUGGUCAAGAUGAGAGUGGCCAGCCUACCAGAAUAUGGAAGAAGCGAGGUCAGAAGAGGCAGACCAGACGCGUUAUCAUGCGUCCUAAUUUUGCAAAACCGAAGCCUGAGCCAACCAUGUCUUAUAAUGACGAAGAUUCAGAACCAGAGACUGGAGUUCAAGAAACUCAAGUUGGCUCCACCGCACAUGAUGAAGGGAAAUCCGGAGACGAGAGCGACUCAGACUAUGCCAGUGACGACUCCCACACACCGAAGAAGCGGAAAGUGCAGCCGAAGAAAGAUAAAGAGGCUGCAAAGGCAGAGCCGAAAGACAACGCCGGACCGGUGAAGACAGCUGCUCGGAAGAUCAAGGCAACCGCCCAUGCCAACUACCGAAGGCUGAAGAUAAAGAGCAAAGGGGGAAAUGGCGGUAAGGGUGGCCGCUUCGGAUACGGAACGAUAUGGACGUCACCACCGCGCAUUGACUUCGCCGCCAAGACCGCCGCUUCGAAGCAAUCAGCAACCUCGCGUCUAGUAGUCCGAAGCUCGCCAUCUCCCAAAGCUCCGCCUCCAACAUCAAACACACGACAACCCGCCAAACCUACACUCGCGACCUCCGAAGCCGUCUCUUCCGCCCGUUCAUCUUCCCAGAAUCCCCAUCAAAUGGCCGAAAACGAGCUCCGAGAACUGCUCAAGCAGCUUCACCAGUCCCUCCAGUCACACAAGUACCAACAGUCCACAUCCCUCCUCUCCCGCGCCAAAGUCGCCCUCCUCAACCUCAACGCUCUCAUUCCCACCGAUUCAACACCACGAAAACAUCUCUUCAUCGCCCGCGAAACGCUCGAGGUCGGUGCCGUGAUCUCCAUCCGCCUAAAGGACCCCGUGUCGUUCACACGCUACUUCCAGCAACUGCAACCCUUCUACUCAUUACCGGAGAAUGUGCUGCCAAAGGAGGGCGGAAACUCAAGCAAGAUUACAGGCCUGUACCUGCUGUUGUUGCUGAGCGAUGGUGAUUAUGCGGGGUUCCACACGUUACUGGAGACGCUAGAGGUGGCGGCUGCACAGACGGGCAAAGGGCUCGAGGAGGAUGCUUUCAUUCAGUAUCCGAUCAGGCUAGAGCAGGCAUUGAUGGAGGGAAGCUACGAUAGGGUUUGGGGGGAGACAAAGAGCGAGAGGGUUCCCAGCGAGGAGUUUGCGCUCUUCUCGGACGUUCUGAUCGGAAUGAUCCGCAAGGAAAUUGCCUCCUGCAGCGAGAAGGCAUACCCCUCCAUCCCCGUCGCUGACGCCAAAUCCCUUCUCUUCCUUGACUCUGAAGGCAGCGUAGUCAGCUUUGCGCAAGAAUGCGGGUGGAUCGUUAAGGACGGCAGGAUAUACUUCCCAGCGCAAGAGGACGAGUACGAUAGCAAGGACAUCUUAGUGACAAGCGACCAAGUCAUUGAGAAAACUCUCGGGUACGCCAGGGAGCUAGAGACGAUUGUAUAA